AUGUACGAGGAGCGUGGGUCAUGGGUGCCCGCAUUUUUUGAUGACAUGUUCAUGGGUGGGCUACUACGUACCACUUCCCGUUCAGAGGCGGAGAAUAGGAUUUUCCAGGGUAACAUGAACAAACACUUAUGCCUUGUAGAAUUUUUCACCCGUUUCGAGCGUGCGGUAAGAAAACAACGGAAGAACAACCUAGAACUAAGCGCAAGUUGCAUCGGACAUACCCCAGUUUUUGAGACACUACUACGCAUUGAGCGAUCAGCAGCAGCAGUGUACACAUUGACUAUUUUUUAUGAGGUCCAAAAGAAAAUAAGUGCCGGGUGUUUUAAAUGUCGAGUUCGAGCAUUCACCGAGGCAGAAGGGUUGAAGACAUAUGUGGUUGAGGAUGAAAACGAGCAACGAUACACAGUUAUAGUGCAUGAUGGGAGAAACAUAGCAUGCACAUGCAAAAUGUACGCAAGAAUUGGUCUCCUUUGUAGCCAUGUUUUUGUCGUACUCAAAGAUGAACGUAUCGAUGACAUCCCCCCACAACAUAUAACACCCCGAUGGACACGAGAAGCUGUUAAGCACUCCCCCAUUGAUAGGGACGGAGAUAAACAGAAUGGUAACAAUACUUUGCCGCACGGCAACAAUGAGGAAGGACAACUAAUGAAUAUAUUUCAUAGAUGUUUGGGCAAGGCUAAAGGAAGACCCGAAAAAAUGAAGGAGAUGAGACUGUGCAUGGAAGAGUUUGAAGCGACAUUUGGGGAGGAUGAAGAACACGAGGUGAAUGAAAGUGGGAAGCGUGCAAUAAUGGAGUCGUAUUGCAGUGUCGUAGCACCAAAGGCGAUAGAAGUGCAUCCACCUCCCGUAGCAAAAACCAAAGGGUCUGGAAAACGAAUGAAAUCAGCAAGGGAGGUUGCAAUGAUGGAGCAUUAUAAGAAAAAAUGCACAUGGAAAAUAUGUGGACUGGCCGAUGGCCAUAAUAGCCGAAGCUGCCCACGAAAGUAG